GAAAAUAGAACUCCUGGAGAAGUGUUACCACAGGCCAUGCACAAGGCCAGAAUUUCCCUGACAUCUGUCCGCCAGCACCGCCCUUUCAGGUGCAACUCCACAAGAGACCCGCCAAACUUGGCGAAGUCACCCGCUUACAGGGCUCACUCUCCACCUGAGCAAGGACUGCAAUUCCCAGGGGCCUCCAGGGCAUCCGGCCGCGCCAUUCCAGUCCUGCAGGCGGCGCGCUCUUUCCCGCGCCGCUCAAGUACGGGAACCGGUUCCCGGGCUCCCAGCCUUUCGGCAGGACCCACGCGCCUGGGCCAAAGUCCGCGAGCGGAAGCCGGCGGCGCAGAGGCUUCUGGGAGAUGGAGGCCGAGGCUGCGACCUGCGCAGGCGCAAACCUGCAGCUGGGGUUGAGGGCUGGAAGUGGCGCGGUUCGCGGCAGCGCCCCGAUGGAACCUCCAGGUCCUGUGAGGGGGCCCUUGCAGUAUUCCAGCUGGUAUGUGCCUUCUGCAGAGCUAGUCCAGACUAGAAUGGCUGUAUCACUAACAGCAGCUGAAACUCUAGCCCUUCAGGGUACACGGGGACAAGAGAAGAUUAUGAUGAUGGAACCAAAGGAAGAGGAACAGUCUUGUGAGUAUGAGACCAGGCUACCUGGGAACCACUCUACCAGUCAAGAGAUCUUCCGCCAACGCUUCAGGCAUCUCCGCUACCAGGAGACUCCUGGUCCCCGGGAGGCCUUGAGCCAACUACGGGUACUCUGCUGUGAGUGGCUAAGGCCAGAGAAACACACGAAGGAGCAGAUCCUGGAGUUCCUGGUGCUGGAACAAUUCUUGACCAUCCUGCCUGAGGAGCUCCAGUCCUGGGUGCGGGGACAUCACCCUAAGAGUGGAGAGGAGGCUGUGACUGUGCUGGAGGAUUUAGAGAAAGGACUUGAACCAGAGCCGCAGGUCCCAGGCCCUGCACAUGGACCUGCACAGGAAGAGCCAUGGGAGAAGAAGGAAUCUCUGGGAGCAGCCCAGGAAGCACUGAGCAUCCGGCUCCAGCCUAAGGAGACCCAGCCUUUCCCAAAGAGUGUUGUUACAGAAGAUGGCCCAGAGCCCAAGGACAAAGGAUCAUUGCCACAACCACCCAUUACUGAAGUGGAAUCACAGGUGUCCUCAGAAAAUCUUGCUACUGACACCUCUACAUUUGAAGCUACCUCCGAGGGUACCUUACAACUGCAGCAAAGAAAUCCCAAAGCGGAGACACUGAGGUGGUCCCCUGCCCAGGGGAAAAGUUUCAGGCAGACGGUUGUCACCCAUAAGGAAAUUCCCACAGGGAAGAAAGACCAUGAAUGUAGUGAAUGUGGUAAAACCUUCAUUUAUAACUCACAUCUUGUUGUCCACCAGAGAGUUCAUUCUGGAGAGAAACCCUAUAAGUGUAGUGACUGUGGGAAAACUUUCAAACAGAGCUCAAACCUCGGUCAGCAUCAGAGAAUUCAUACAGGAGAGAAACCCUUCGAAUGUAACGAAUGUGGGAAGGCCUUCAGGUGGGGUGCUCAUCUUGUUCAGCAUCAGAGGAUUCACUCAGGAGAGAAGCCCUAUGAGUGUAAUGAGUGUGGGAAGGCCUUUAGUCAAAGCUCAUAUCUCAGUCAGCAUCGGAGAGUUCACAGUGGAGAGAAACCUUUUAUAUGUAAAGAAUGUGGGAAAGCUUAUGGAUGGUGCUCAGAACUCAUUAGACAUCGGAGAGUUCAUGCCAGAAAAGAGCCUUCCCAUUGAAUUGAAGGGGAGAACGUCUCCAGACAGGAUUCUUCAUCGGUCUAAUCUACUUUAGGACUGGAUCGCAUAAAAGUUAUAAGCUCCUUAAGA